UUCUCAUGUCUCCUGAUAUAAUCAAGUCUCCUGAUAUAAUCAUAGAUAAUAGGGAUCUAUAAAGACUACGUUUAUUUACUACUAUGCUAAGUUUAUUUAUAGAGCUCUAUGGGUCCUAUAGUCUAUGGUACUAGUGGCAGUGCACGUCGCCAUUAUUUAUUGUUUACGUUUACGUAGCCUCGAUUUCGAUCGUCGACCCAGGUCACGCAUGAUACGGCCACAGAUACGGCCUUGCUGCUAUGAACAAAGAUGACGCCACGUGGAAGAACACACAAAAAUGGGGAUUGCUUUCAUGGUCCAACAAAUACGUAUACAGUGACAAGUCCAAUAGGUGACAUCCUCGUUACGAGUUGUCCUCGUGGAGUUCACAGCAUAGAGCAGCAGAAAGGAAUAACUGAUGACGACUUUCUACCCAAUGUCAGUCUUCAGGUUGAAAGUGUGCACCAACAGUGGGAUGACAAUGGCUACACCUAUAAACCUGCUGUCACAUGCAUCAAAUGGCUGAAAACAUACUUUGAGAAUAGUCCAGCAUUGAAAGACACAAAAAAGCCAGGUGUUUGCUUAGCAAGGUACAAUGAGGAUUCGUUCCAAGCGAAGGCAUGGAAGACACUAGCUGCAGAAAUUGGACUCGGAGCAACCGUGUCCUAUAGUGAUCUGGCUAAGAUGUGUGGUUGUCCUCGUGGGGCAAGGGCAGUUGGUUUGGCAAUGCGAUCUAACCCACUUAUGUUACUCGUCCCAUGUCAUAGAGUGAUCCAAAGUGGAGGCGUGCCAGGAAAUUACUGUGCAGGGCGCAGAAACAAGGUGAAACUUUGGCUUCUAUUGCACGAGGGUGCCUCCUUAUGAAACACAGCUGGCUGUGAGCGUAUCACAUUUGUCUUAAAAUUUAUAGGAACAGGUUAUAUUAGUUAUCGGUCAAAGCCUUGAACAAGAAUGAUAAGGUAUUAUUCUAAUUCAAAAAUGAGUCUCAUAAGCAAUAUUCUUCGCGGUAUGCCUGUGUCGGGGCCACGUUUAGUGUUGCAGGCAAUCCUCUAUCGCCCUGGAAGAUUGUUGUGCUUUGUCUCUGUAUUUAAUUUUUUACUAUUUUUGACAGUUGUCGUACUGGACUGAUAAUAUCUUUUGCAUGGAUAAACAAUGGUGCAUGUAAACUGCAGAAUGAAAAGUGAUAAAAGGUGAAAAAUACAUUUUAUUUUCCGUCGAAUUAUGGAAUGUUACAUACGUAGUUACCCACUUCCAGCUCAGCUCAGAAAUGUGGUCAAUGUUAUUAAAUUAAGCAAGCAUAGCUGACUUAUAUUAAAGUUGUACUUGGUUCAGACUCCAUGGUUAACGUAACUUAAUUCAACUGAAAAUAAAACGUGGAUUUUAGUUUUUAUGUGCUCAUGUCGAAUAUGUUCGUGCAAAAAUUUUCUACCUCUGAACAUAAUGAAGUAUGUAUUCCUGUACCAAAAAGCAAUGUCGGUAUUUAAGCCAUUUUAUAGUAUAUUGCAUGUACUUGAGCUGAGUGCAGGGACGGCUAGAAGGCUAUCACUAUACACUUGUUUUAUUUUUCAUUUUCGAAUUAGAUUUACCCUUUGUGCAAGAUGAUAGUAAAGCUGAUAGGGUCUAUGUCCCCCAGGGUACUAUCGGAGGGUGCCCUGGGUACGGUUCGACAUAUCGUAUAGUACCCCGAGGUACUAUACCAUAU